UCUGACCUCUGAUGUCCAUGUCACUUCCUUGUUCCGCUCACCUGUUACACCUGUGUUACAGCGCUGCGCUGUAGGCUAUAGGUGCGACUCCUUCCCAGCCGGUGCACCUGUUGUUUUAAUGUGCCAUGUCGAAGGAGCUCGUAACGUGCGAGUUAAUAUGCUCACCUACAUCGAGUGAACAAGGGGAGACUUUGAAAAGCAAGGGGAUGGAUUGUGAGCAGCCUAUUUUCUCGGUAUUGAGCGGCGGUGUGAAGAUGGAGGUGGGGGGGAAGUCCUGUGACGGUGGCGGCGGCGGUGGCGGAGCGGCCUCACCGGCUGCGACCAUCUCUGACACCGAGUCCGGGAUCUUUUCCGGUGAAUGUGAACUCUGUGUGGAGCACGAGUCUGAGCUGGACUGGUUCUGUGCCACCGAGCAGAAACUCAUCUGCUCUCACUGCGCCAUCGUGGGCUCCUGCCACGGACACACUGUGACCCCUCUGGCCACCAGAGUUACCACAGUCAGGAACCAACUGGUGGAUGUGUGUGAGAAAAUGCAACUGAAGGCGCUGAGGCUUGAAAGGUUUAUCGACCAGACGCUGACGACCAAGGAGCAAAAGCUUCAGGCAGCGGCGAGCAGGGCGAGGGAGACGGUGCUGGCUCAGGUCAGCGCGGCGCGUGAAGCCCUGGAGGAGGAGGAGCAGCGUCUCUUGGAGGAGGUGCACAGAGAGGAGGAGCGGGUGGAGCAGUGUCUCCUCACCCAGAGAGCCCACUGGAGCCAGGCUUUGGCGAGUCUGUCGCAAACACGCUCGCGUCUGGUGCACACGCUGACGCACACUCCAGAUGCACAGCUGGUGACUAGUGUUCAGGACAUAGCUGAAAGGGUGGAGGAGGCAGAGGGGGUCGGGGAGCCCUGUGAUACGGAGCAGCUCAACCUGAACCCGGGCUGCAGUGACAGCAAGCUGCUGAGAGGUCUGUGGGCCACUGCAGUGCUGCUCGGGCCAAACGCCUAUGGAUCGCCUUAUUUAAAGUUUGACGAGCGCACUUUGAGUCCUCUGCUGUCCCUGUCUGACGACUUCUGCACUUUGACCUUCCUCUACAAAAAAGUCCGCAAGUCCCCUCCCUACGACCCAGCACGAUUCGACUGUUGGCCCAACGCGCUGGGUUCACUGUCUAUGUCCUCCGGCACCCACAGCUGGGUGGUGGAUGUAGGCCAGAGCGGUGCCUUUAAGGUCGGGGUCUGCUAUGCCUCUCUGGAACGCAAAGGCUCAGGCAACGAGGCGCGGCUGGGCUACAACACUCAGUCCUGGGUGUUGUCUCACUAUGAUAGGGACUACUCCUUUGUCCAUGCAGGGAAGAAGGUGCCUCUGCAGGUGGUGAGGACACCCAAGAAGAUCGGCCUGCUGCUGGACUGGCCGAGUCAGACGCUGCUGUUUUACGAGCCGGACUCUGGUGCCGUGCUGUACUCUGUCACGCAACACUUUAGUGCCCCGCUGCUGCCGGCGUGUGCUGUGACUGACCGCAGUAUCACCAUACUGCACUGACAGGCAGUCCACACUGCCAAAAGCUAAAUUACCUUAAACAUGUGAAGAAAUUAAAGGGAGAGACUUUCUCUAAUGCAAAUAUGACCAGCAGUUAAACAUCGUCCAUCUGUACAAUAAUGAAAACUCCAGACACAGAAUCAGUUUCUAUUUAUUCUAUUUACUGUGGUAGCUGGUUCUUUUUUUUUUACUGUUUUUAAUGAUUUAAAAUUCUUUAUCUGUUGAGCAUAUUAUACAGUAGUUGUGCUAUUUUGACUGACAAUGAUUGUUUUUUUUAUGAAGUUUGUGUUUGUUUUUAAUAUGAUUGUUUGUAUGAUUAGUUUGAUCUGUGUGAUGAAGCUUCUCCAAGAAUUGUUAUAGAAAGUAUUAAUUACACUGGUUGAUCCAGGACUAUUGUAAAUCUUAUGUGGCAAAUACUCAGUAAAACAAUUAUUAUGA